UGUUUUAUCCCCUUUUUUAACCUAGUAAUUUAGGUUAGGUUUAUUUUUAUUGUUUUUAUUUGAUAUUACUGUUUUAAAACUGUACUGUGAUAUCUUCAACCCAGAAAAUUUUCUGUAACCUACUUUCUUUAUGAUAGGAAUGUCUUCGUUACGUCAUAAGUACGUUUCUAUGAAGAGAUAGUAUGGAUAAUUCAGGGAUGGUUCAUCAAGUAUGGGUUAAUCAUUCAGGUGAAACAGUCAAACAAGAAGCUUCAACUCAAAGUAACAGUGGUGAUUAUCUAAAUAUUGAUGAUACGAAACCUGAUUGUACAACCCAAGCAACCUUAAAAGUUACCACUGAUGAUUUUAAUAACUUCUUCUGCCAUGAAGUUUUUGGACAGUUAAAAGGUGAAGGACACCAGUGUAAUGUGUGUGGGCGAGUGUUUCCAUAUAGGUACCAGCUUAUUGUACACACACGAUACCAUACUUUUCCUGAUGAUGACAGAGCAAAUAUUAAUUUUGAAGAAAAAGUAGAUAGUGCAACUAGCACAAUAAAGGAUGAAAAUAAAUCUCAAUUACCUUGUCCUUACUGUGGACGUUGUUUUUCAAGAAAAGAACAUUUAGCCAACCAUGUCGCUAAACACACAGGUGAAAACCCUCAUGAAUGUCAUCUAUGUGCCAAAAGUUUCUCCAGAAAGGAUCAUUUAGACAACCAUAUUAAAGCCCAUGAAGCAGAUUUUAAAUGCCAUAUUUGUUUGAAAAUUUUUACAAGAAAAGAACACCUCAUUAAUCAUGUUCAAUGGCAUACUGGUACCUCACCACAUCGUUGUGGGCUUUGUCAUAAGGUUUUUACACGUAAAGAACAUCUUGUUAAUCACGUAAGACAGCAUACAGGAGAGUCUCCUCAUGUCUGCAGAUUCUGUGGAAAAGCAUUUACUAGAAAAGAACAUGUUGUAAACCAUGAAAGGGGUCAUACAGGAGAAACUCCAUUUAAGUGCACUGAAUGUGGAAGAGCAUUUUCCAGACGUGAUCAUCUAGUGACACAUGAAAGAUCUCAUGCUGGUCUUUCACCUUAUCGAUGUAUUCCUUGUGGAAAAGCCUUUACCAGAAAAGAGCAUCUUGCUAACCACCAGCGACAGCAUCAUACCAUUGGUCACCAAAUGUAUCCUUAGACGUUUUUUAAAUUAGGCUAUUGAUUUGAUGAAAAGAUGGUUAUUAAAGUGCUAUGUGCAGCAGUGAUAAAAAAAAAGAAGCUGUAUGACUGUUAAAUUUUAAUGUAUUUUUGUAAAAAAUAAAUAAACUAAUACAGAAAAAUAUGAACAUAUAUUUAAUAAAUUAUUAAUGUAAAUAAGUUUGAGUACUCAUAUAUUUUGUUAUACAAAGUAAUUGAUAAGUUUUAUAUCUAUAGAAAUUUUUAAAUUUAUAACUAAAGGAUCAAUAAAAUGUUAUUAAUGUU